AUGAAUUAUCACUCGCUAAAAUUUGACCACGCAACACCAUCCACGAGUCCCCCCAGCGGUUUAUUGAUCGAUGAGUCGCUCCAGACGAAGCGAGGGGGUAGUUUGGAUCUGUGUCGGCUUAGUCUAGGGUUAAUGCACUUGGGGUAUAGGAGGCACUUCAGUGAGCCCGUAGGCGAGGACGUCGAGGACGUCGAGAGCAGGCUCGACGGAUCCGGGGGAAGGGGAGUGUUAAGUCAUCAGCAUUCUCGAGAGUCUUAUGGAGUUGUUGGGGGCGGCGGUGAGAGAGCAGUUCUUUUAGUGUUACAAGUACUAGAAGUCGGGUCACGAUCAAAAGCUGGAUUCAGCGCAAAGGCCAAGUGUACCAAAAGACACGCUGUCGUUAUCGGGUUGGAUGUCCCAGCGGUAUUUGGCCGAGCCAUUGUCUCAAUACCAGCUGUGUCUUAA